AUGGAGCCGCCUGUUGAUAUGAAAGAUCGCCUUCUUGCAUCAUACAACGCGAUUGCACCAGCAUACAACACCUGGACAGCGCGCCACAACCAACUUCGUCUGACUUAUCUUGACAAGCUUCUCCAUUCCUGCCUAGAACUAGUUUCAACUGGUGUUAUAGCGAAGAAGCAAGUCCUUGAGCUUGGAUGCGGUUCUGGAAGUCCUUUCACCUCAACUCUGCUCGCUCGAGCACCGUCUGUACACGUGCACGCCAACGAUCUCUCCGAUGUUCAACUAGAUCUCGCUCGACAAAACCUAGCUGCGUAUCAGGAUCGUGUCGACUUUCAUCCCGGCGACAUGAUGAAACUAGACUUUGAACCUGGUUCUCUCACAGCAGUCGUCGCCCUGUACAGCAUUAUUCACUUGCCACAAGAAGAACAGAGAGAGAUGAUACGGCGAAUCGGUAGUUGGCUUGCUCCAGGUGGUGUCUUUCUGUCAACGUUUGGUACUAAUGAGGCGUCAGCCAUCAUCAAUGAGAGGUGGCUAAACGAAAAAGGAUGGAUGUUUUGGAGUGGGCUUGGGAAGGAAGUCGUCAUGAAGGCGUUGACUGAAGAAGCUGGGCUGGAAGUUCAACAUGCCGUUUUGGAAGAAGAUGCAGAUGAUAGGUUUAUAUGGAUUAUUUCCAGAAAGGUUAGUACAUAA